CAGUGAGCCAUGGUACUAUACCAAGGGGGGGAGACAGACUUACCAGACAAUCCCACACACAGCUGUUGCACAUAGCCCCGUAACUACGGGGUUCGACGUCAAAGUCGUGAUAACCUGAUUGUGGAAGAUGGUCGACAUCUUUUCCAAUAUAAAAUGACGCGUCGAUCAGCCAAGUCGAGCUUAAGAAUACACCAAAGUCUCCAAUUGAACCUAGAACGCCAUGAUCAUAACAAAGAAUGCAAUGAUCUUAUACUCUGGUAUGGAUCGGGGCUCGGGCUCGGACUUGACAGUUGGCUGCAUAAACCGAAGAUGCAAGGGUAUGAUGACAUGGUGUGGGAUGACGUUGUGUAUGCAGGGAUCGUCGGAUGUGUUGGAAUACCGAUCACUUCCACCUUUUACUUGGGAGCUCAUUUGACAACUAGUAUAUAUUUUGGCCUGGUGCAGGCGGACUAGUACUGGCCGCUACCGACAGUUUCAUUGAUAUUCAUGACAUAUGGCUGAACUGAACUGUUAGUUGAAGUUCAAUUGCCAAUCUUGUUACCUAUAAUGAAGU